CAUUUGUAUGCCUGAGAGUGGGAAAAUGGCCCAGGAAUUUUUUUUUUCAUAUUAGUUUAAUUAGAGUCCACGAAUCCACAUCACCAUUAUAUUGAGAUACUAAAACAUUACUCGUAUAGACUUAUGACGUUUCAAACUCUCUCUCUCUCUCUAUCACUCACUCGCUCUCUCUCGCUCUCUCUCUCUUUCUCUCCCUCUCUCUGUGUGUGCGUGUGUGACCGCGUAUUGUGUGUGCGUUCCCUUGACGCUCCACAGCCCGUGUAGCUUGUUGUUCCAGAGAGUUGAGGCGCUGCAGGACAAUCAGACGGACUCUUGGAUUAGAGCGACAAAAGGGAAAGUGUGAUCUCCAGGAAAGGUCUACACUGACUUUCAUAGCUCCUUGUUUCUUGAAUCGCUACUCUCUCCAAGACUUCCAUAUUCCACUGCGGCGCACAGCCCCGAUAUGGAUUUACCAGUGGCUAGACAAGACACGCCGUCUCGUCCUCUACCAAAGUUUUGAUUGUCAUCGCCGCUUGUUGUCCUUCUCGACCCCCGGAGGAAAGCACUGGACUUUGACGCGGCAUUUGGAAACUGGCAACCACAUGUUAGGACAUUUGGAGACGAAUAUCACACGGAGCGUCUUUUCGCUGCGCUCUACGGUAUCUCUCAUGGGGUGAGCCACACUGGGCCCCUGAGAUGUGACAGCGGGACAGGCAGCUUCCCUCCCAGCCUGCGCCCUCGCCUCGUCUCUCCCCUAGAGGGAAUGAUUAUCAGCCCAGACACUCUCCACCAAUCUGCUGUGUGAAUGCCUCUUUGCCGUAAAGCCGCUGUGCUCUGCCACCCCGUCACCAUGAAGACCAGGUAUUCCCAGUACUACAAUGACAGUCUGAUCAAGGAAUACUAUAUGUAUGCUAAGGAAAUGACGAAACAGGAGCUGGAUGAACGCACCACGGGGAAGAAAGGACUGGCUACCCUCAAUGUAGUCAUCAUGGUCAUCUGCUGUAUCAUCAUACUGGAGAAUCUGCUCGUUCUUGUUGCCGUCUGCCGCAACAAGAAGUUCCACUCUGCCAUGUUCUUCUUCAUUGGCAAUUUGGCAUUUUCCGAUCUGCUGGCAGGCUCUGCCUACAUAGCCAACAUCUUUCUAUCAGGGCCAAGGACCUUUGAGCUAGUGCCAGUGCAGUGGUUCAUACGGGAGGGAACAGCGUUCAUCGCUCUGGCAGCCUCAGUUUUCAGCUUGUUGGCCAUAGCUAUAGAGCGUUAUAUUGCCAUCACUAAGGUGAAGGUGUAUGGCUCCAACAAAACCUGUCGUAUGUUCCUGCUGAUAGGAGCCUGCUGGGUCACCUCCAUCCUGCUUGGCGGACUUCCCAUCAUCGGCUGGAACUGCAUCAACAACCUCUCUGAAUGCUCCGCCGUAUUGCCUCUCUACUCCAAGAAAUACAUCCUUUUUGUUGUCAGCAUCUUCAGCCUCAUACUACUCUCUAUUGUCAUCCUCUAUGUGAGGAUCUAUUUGAUUGUACGCUCCAGCCACCAGGAAGCGACCAACUCCCCAGCCUAUGCCCUUUUAAAGACUGUCACCAUAGUGCUGGGUGUCUUCAUAAUGUGCUGGCUGCCUGCCUUUACCAUUCUCCUCCUGGACUCAUCAUGCAGGAUGAAAGCCUGCCCCAUCCUCAGCAAGGCGGACAUCUUUUUUGGCAUUGCCACUCUGAACUCAGCGCUGAAUCCAGUCAUCUACACACUGCGCAGCAAGGACAUGAGGAAAGAGUUUCUGCGUGUGUUAUGCUGCUGGGGGCUGCUGCAAAGCGGACGCCCAGCCGACCGUUGUCUGGUCCCUCUAAAAAGCUCCAGCUCUCUGGAGCACUGCACCAACAAACAUGAACAGCAGACCACACCCAUCAUGCAAGACUGCACCACCUGUGUCUAAUGUGGGGCAAAGGCACCUGUGUGUUGGUGUUUUUGUGUGUGUGUGUGGGUGUGUGUGUCAGAGCCAGUAUGUGAGAGACAGAGAAAGACUCUGUGUAUGAUAGAACAAG